AUGUUGUCGGCUGGAGAACUAUUUUGUGUAUAUCUGUCGUAUGGGAUCCCAUCUUUUGUUAUCUACAUGCUUACAUUCUUCAUCAUCUUUCGUUACGGAAAAACCUUCAGUUCUUCGUUUUUCCGACUGUACUUGUUUGAUGGAGCACUGAAUCUUCUCACCUAUUUCAACAAUUACUUUAAAACUCGACUUCCCGGUAUUGCAUGCCAUGAUUGUCUUCUUGGGUCAUUCUAUAGAAGCAUCGGUAACACUUUCCUAAUGGAUAUUUUCAUGUUAAUGAAUUUCCACAUGGCUUAUGUACAAUAUGCAGUUACCACUCUCGUUUCGUUGAAUCGUCUGACUGUUAUUGUCAAAUACACUCUUUUCGAACCGCCAAUCAAUGAUGUCUUCUCUGUUUGUAUUCCAUUCAUGGUAGCAUUCACAGUGAUAUCUGUGGUUGUCAAUAUUGUCAGUGUGUUCAUUAUCAGAAAUCUCAAAACCCAAAUCAAGAACAAAGCGGAAACCAACUUCAUCAUCAUCACAUGUAUCACUUGUGCAGUUCAGCUUUGUGGUACUUCCCUCAGCUUCAUCAGAGUGAAGUAUUCUGGAACUCCUGCAGCAGUCAAACUUGCCUCCUUCAUUCCAUUCAUCAGCGACGGCUUGAGUCUGAUUCAACCAUGGUUGCUAAUCUGCAUCAGUCAUGUAGUUCGCGAAAAGAUCACUGAGCUCAUUUAUCGGAAGAAUCAGCCACAAGUCAAAUCGGUCGUCAUUCCCAGAUCCACACUCAACUGA